UCUUUAUUUAUUCUAUGUUUUUUUUCAAUACUUAUGGUAAGGUAUUAUCUUUAUUAUACUAUGUAUUUUAUUAUACAAUAUAAUAUUAAUAGGUGUAGAUUAAUUUUUUUUUAUUAAAGAAUUGAUUUUAGACUGUAAAUAACUUUAAUAUGGUAAAUAUUCUUACAUAUCACAUAUGAGCAGAACGAAACACUAACAUGGAGAAUAUAGUAGGAAAUGAGACUCAACAAAUGACACAUCAAAUACCAUCUUUAAUGAAUCAUGGAGUAGCAGGAAUGGAUCCUCCAAAAGCAUUACCAAGUUUAUUAAGUUUAAAAGUAAGUCCUCCAAGUGAAUUACAAAGUCAGACUUCAUCAGAUGAUGCUGGAAGAGAUACAGACAGCGAUUCUGUGAAAUUACCAGCAGCUUUAGAACAAGCUCUAGCUUUUAAAACAGAAAGAGCUAAAGAAGUAGGAGGAGAUCCAAAUGACAUAGUUUCUUUAGGAAAAUCACCUAAUCAUGAAACUCUAGGAGAAGAUAUAUCUCAUUUAGAUGAUGUUAUACUUGAACCUGAAACAACAACAGAAAAAAUUGAUGUGAAAACAACUAAAACUAAAAAGAAAAAAAAGAAAAAGAGAAAGAAACACAAUGUAGGAAAAGAAAUAGAGAAUAAAAAAGACAAUGUGGAAAAUGCCAAACCAAAAGAAGAUUUACCAGAGAUUGAAUAUGUUCAAGAAAUUCCAAGUGUUAAUGACUUGGAACCAAUGUAUCGUCAAUUUGCUAGAAUAUUUGAAGCAUUUAAAUUAACUGAACCUGAACCAAAAUCUGCAGAAACAGAAAAAGGAGAACCAAUAGGACAAUAUCCACCUGUGACAACAUUACAAGCAACAGGAACUGUACCUAGUAAAGUACCACCAUUAGAUGAUUUUGAUGAUGAGGCAAAUCAGCAGCAACAACAACAAGGAAGUGGAGAAAAUGGCGCUCCACGUCUUUCUAAAAGAAAACUAAAAAGAUUAACGCGCUUAAGUGUUGCAGAAUUAAAACAACUUGUUGGGCGUCCAGAUGUUGUAGAAAUGCAUGAUGUUACUGCUAGAGAUCCAAAACUUCUUGUACAAUUAAAAGCUCACCGUAAUACAGUACCAGUACCAAGACACUGGUGUUUCAAAAGAAAAUAUUUACAAGGAAAACGAGGUAUAGAGAAGCCUCCUUUUGAUUUACCAGAUUUCAUAAAACGAACUGGUAUUACAGAAAUGAGAGCAAGUCUUCAAGAACGAGAUGAUACACGUACAUUGAAAGCUAAAAUGCGAGAAAGAGCAAGACCCAAGCUUGGCAAAAUAGAUAUUGACUAUCAAAAGUUACAUGAUGCAUUCUUCAAAUGGCAAACAAAGCCUCGUAUGACUAUUCACGGUGAUUUAUAUUAUGAGGGUAAAGAAUUCGAAACGCGAUUAAAAGAGAAGAAACCUGGAGAAUUAUCUGAUGAACUACGUACUGCUCUUGGUAUGCCAGUAGGACCUAAUUGUCAUAAAGUACCACCUCCAUGGUUAAUUGCUAUGCAACGAUAUGGUCCACCACCAAGUUAUCCCAAUUUAAAAAUACCUGGUUUAAAUGCACCAAUUCCAGAAGGAUGUGCAUUUGGCUAUCAUGCUGGUGGUUGGGGGAAACCUCCUGUAGAUGAAACAGGAAGACCUUUGUAUGGAGAUGUAUUUGGUAUAUCACGUACUCCAGGAGGAGAUAAUAUGGAUGAAGAAAUUGAUAGAGGUAUGUGGGGUGAACCUGAAUCAGAAUCUUCUGGAGAUGAAGAUGAAGAUGAAGAUGCAGAAGAAGGUGGAGAAGGUGAAGGAGAAGGAAAGGAUGGAGAUGGAGAUGCAAGUGGUUUAGUUACACCUGGUGCAGAAGGUUUAAUAACACCUAGUGGAAUAACAUCAAUUCCUGCAGGAUUAGAAACUCCAGAAACAAUAGAAUUAAGAAAGAAGAAAAUUGAAAGUGAAAUGGAAGGAGGUGAUACUCCUGCUUUAUAUACAGUUUUACAAGAAAGAAGAACAGAAGGUCUUGGAGCAAGCAUGAUGGGUAGUACACAUGUUUAUGAUAUGACUGGUGCAGCAGGUGGUCAAGCACCACCAUCUGUAAUUGCUGCACGACGUGGAGUAAGUGGAACAACAUCAGAUGGAAGAACAGAAAAAGAUGGAGCUGUUGAAUUAGCAUUAGAUCCAAGUGAAUUAGAUUUAGAUUCAGAAGCAAUGGCAUCACGAUAUGAAGAAACAAUGAGGUCGCGACAAGCUCAUUUAAGAAGGGAAGAUCUAUCAGAUAUGCUUCAAGAUCAUGUGCAACGACAAAAAAGUAAACGCAAACGACAACAAAGUCAAGAUUCAAAAGCCUCUAAGAAAUACAAAGAAUUCAAAUUCUAGAUUUAAUUAAAUAAAAAAAAAAUUAUUUAAUGAAUAUAUAAAUUAUAUUAUGAUAUUAAUAUUAUAUAUCUCAUCCAGAAAUUCUUAAAUAUUAGAUUAUUGUUAUUAAAACAUUAUAAGAUUUGAUAUUAGUACUAGUAAAGUAUCAAAUUUUAUAUUUUAUUUUUUAGAAAAAAUAAUUAUAGAUUGAAAUUCUUAAAUAAAAUAUAGAAAUACGUUAAUUUUUUUCUGAAAAGUAAACAAUGUAAUACUUUUUUAUUAAAUCAAAUAAACAUAACUAUAUUUACUUGA